AUGUAUGUGAAAUGGGUUGAAACAGCAAUGUUUUGCUAUGUAAAAUUUGUUUGGAAAAAAAUGAAAUUUUUUAAAAUUUUCAAAUUUCCCGCCGGCGCCCGUACGUCCCGACGUCACAAGGACCGGAACACAGAAGCCGGAUGCCAGCAUCGGCUGGAGGAGAUGGCUGGGGACGCUGCAGGGGACACAUCGUGGGAGGGAUGGACAAGGUAAGCUCUGCAGUGCCGCAUGGUAAGCCCGAUGGUAUUCCCGAGUGUAGCUCGGGGUAAAAUGUCAGUGCCAAAAGCGAUAACCCCGAGCUACACUCGGGCUUACCAAUGCGGCGCUGCAUA